CGAAUAAUAUCGUGACGAUGCCUGAACCAGUGAAGCCUGCGCCCAAGAAGGGCUCCAAGAAAGCGGUGGCGAAGGCCCCCGGUAAGGCCGGAAAGAAGAGGAGAAAGUCCAGGAAGGAGAGCUACGCCAUCUACGUGUACAAGGUGCUGAAGCAGGUCCACCCCGACACUGGGAUCUCCUCCAAGGCCAUGGGCAUCAUGAACUCCUUUGUGAGCGACAUCUUCGAGCGCAUCGCCGGUGAGGCCUCUCGUCUGGCUCAUUACAACAAGCGCUCCACCAUCACCUCCAGGGAGAUUCAGACCGCCGUCCGCCUGCUGCUGCCCGGGGAGCUGGCUAAACACGCCGUGUCUGAGGGCACCAAGGCCGUGACCAAGUACACCAGCUCCAAGUAAACGACUCUAAGGAAACAUCACAUCAAAGCAGCGGCUCUUUUAAGAGCCACACACUUUCUUUCUCACAAACUCAAAUAUAACACAGCACUUGAUAUCACUUUUUACUUGCUCACUUUCCUUUCCUGCCUGAUUUUUUUCUGAGUGACCAAUGACAGCUCACACAGUGUGUGUCUAUAAAAACGGUUAA